AUGGUCGGGCUCCCAAGGGAAUCACUGUAUCGCCCCACCCGACCACUGACUUAUGAGCUCGCGAAUCACUCCAAAGCGUACUUCGAAAUGCGGCAGUAUGCUGGCGGAUUCUCCUUCCUCAAUGCCCUCCUCAUAUCCGGUACCUCCAUCUCCACGCCCAACCGAUCCUACUCCGCGUUUCUCGCACCCACAUCGCAACUUGCCCUCGCGUCUUCUCUUAUUGUCUAUCCGGGUAUAACUACGAAAGCGAAGUCGGCCGACACGGUGAAGGGAGCGGAUGCAGCGCUGCGGUACCUCCGAAACGUUCAAAACAUUGUUAACCCCAUCAACGAGACUCUUAGGGGCGCUUUCGCGUUUCCAGAUGAGCGAUCAAGGAAACGUGCAGCUGGAUAUCGGACUUUGGGGCUGAGUCCAUCUCCAGAGGUGGACGAAAGCAAACGCCUCAAAGGUCUCGCAGCAACCUCACAAUCACUCUGGAUGCGAGCGACCGACUUCUGGCACAUCGUAGGAUGGGCAUUCAACUGUUCUGUGGUACACAAGAAGCGGUGGGAGAGGUGGAAGCUGUGGCUUGAAGUCAUGCUGGAUUUCCUGGAGGCUGAGUGGGCGGAGCGCGUCAAGCUGAUCCUGGAAGAGGGAGGUGAUGCACACAAGAUCUUGACGAAGAGCCUCCUGUGGCACUACGUCUCAAGCAGGGAUGCUGCCAUCAGAUCGAAUAGACGUGUAAUGGUGGGAGCUAUACUUUCAAUGGGGAGCCUGCAUUCGAGGAAACUGUUUCCAGAAAUUUGGGAAGAAGAAACAGCGGAACCUGAGAUGGAAGAGGAGGAGGGCAACGCCCUGGCUAAAAUAGACAUCGAGAACGGCGACUUUGGCGACUAUGAGAAGGUCGAUGAGGAUGUAGCCAUGCACGGCCAAUCAAAGGUCGCCCUAAGAUGUUCAACAGGCUCACCUGAGUCGUCGCCGCCUAAAAGUGAUGACGAGUUCCUCAUCUGCUCAUCAGAAGAGGCUAUCGGCCGACUGGGUGGUAUGGAUGCGAUAAUACUUCGCCAACGCCUCCUUGCUCUACUCGUGCAAGUUGCACAAUAUAUCCCUGAUAACUUCACCACCCUCGGCGAUCUCUUCGACCAAUUUACGGAAGCAUAUCUUCAGCUGCCAACUAAUAUAUUCAGUGUCCUUCUCUCGACCUCACAAAUACCGUUGCAGGUUCAAAUGGGUCUGAAUUCCAACCUAUUAUUUCCUCUCCUUUCUGGCGCACUCCCCGACUACACUGUGAUGGAGCCAACACAAGAACACCUUGAAGAAUAUUUCUUGCCCUCCCGUGCAACAACUCACAGGUAUGCUGCCAAUGCCAAAAUCUCACUUAUCUUCGAGCAGAUGGUCAUGUACUUUAUGAGUGCAAAGAGGCUUAAUGCCACCGAUGACCUGAGGAGCGCAGUGGAGAGUGGUAUUGAAGCGCGUGAGAAGGCUUAUGGUAAUGCGAGCCGCAAGAAAGGGAAUACACAAGAAGAAGAGCAGGCAAAAAUAAUCUUGGAUCAGAGUACGGAACGACUUCUUGGGCUUUUGGAGAUUGUGGAGUUGUCUGCUGGAAAGGAACUAUAG